CGGUCAUGUGACCUCGGCCCCGUGCUCUCACGAGGCGUCAUGCGUGAAGUUUGGCGGGGCGCCGGCAGAUCAGCUUCAAGUUUUGGAAAAAAAGUUACGGAUCUCCCGAUCAUCCCUGUCAACAACUCAGUCCCGUUAUUUUCGUGGAAAUACUGGUCUAGGCGAUUUCGACUCUUCGAUCAUAUACUUGCGCAGCGCAAUUUGCCCUGCUGCUUUCCACGAUGGUCGCUGACACUAGCUACUAUGAUGCCUUGGGCGUCCCGCCGACGGCUACCGAACUGGAGAUCAAGAAGGCCUACCGCAAGCUCGCAAUUGUCACCCACCCUGACAAAAACCCCGGCGAUGAGACCGCCCAUGAGCGAUUCCAGGCGAUCGGUGAAGCCUACCAAGUCCUGAGCAACGAAGAUCUGCGCAAGCGAUAUGACAAGUUUGGCAAGGAAGAUGCAGUGCCCGGUGGUGGUUUCGAGGAUCCUUCGGAGUUCUUCAGCAUGAUCUUCGGUGGCGAAGCUUUUGUUGAUCUCAUCGGAGAGAUCUCCCUCAUGAAAGACCUGACCGCAACGAUGGACAUUACGAUGCAAGAGAUGGAGGAGGAGGAACUGGCCGAGUCGGCCGAACAGAAGCUCAACAUCCACGAUGAGGAAGUCAAGACCGCUGGUGGAGAGCCUUCUGCUGCCCCCGCCAAGGCUGCUGAGGCUGCCGAGGCUGCCGCUGAGGCUUCAAGCCACGGGGAGGCACACGCUCCGCCACCCGCCUACGGCGAGGCGACUGCUCAGAGCUCUGGAACGAGUACCCCCCGACGCUACUUGGGACAGCAGGCUCUGAUGGACAAGUCGGAGGAGGAGGCUCGCAUGGAUGCAGCUGGCCUGUCGCAGGAGGAGAAGGAGCUUCGCAAGAAGGAGAAGAAGAAGGGCUUGUCCAAGGAACAGCAGGAGCGUCUUGCUGCGUUCGAGGAGGAGCGGAGAAAGGCUCGCGAGGAGCGUGUCAACACCUUGGCCAACAAGCUGAUUGACCGUCUCAGUGUGUGGACCGAGACCGACAAGGGCAAGGACGUGACGCACGCCUUUGAGGAGAAGAUCCGCCUUGAGGUUGAGAACCUGAAGAUGGAGUCGUUUGGUCUGGAGAUCCUGCAUGCCGUUGGUGCUACGUACGUCCAAAAGGGUACCUCUUUCCUCAAGUCGCAAAAGUUCCUCGGUAUCUCUGGUUUCUUCUCCCGGCUCAAGGAUAAGGGUACCCUGGCCAAGGAGACCUGGACUACCAUUUCCACUGCCAUUGAUGCGCAGAUGACCAUGGAGGAGAUGGCCAAGCUCGAGGAGCGUGGUGGUGAGGACUGGACGGACGAGAAGAAGGCUGAGUACGAAAAGAAGGUUACCGGUAAGAUCCUUGCAGCGGCCUGGCGCGGCAGCAAGUUCGAGAUUCAGAGCGUUUUACGCGAGGUCUGCGACCAGAUCUUGAAUGACAAGCGAAUUCGCCUGGAGAAGCGCGUGGAGCGUGCUCACGCUCUGGUGCUCGCGGGUAACAUCUAUGCUAAGGCUGCGCGUGACCCCGAGGAAGAGGGCGACUACAUGGCCUUUGAGCAGCUGAUGGCGGAGGCCAUGCAAAAGAAGGGCAAGGAUGAGAAGAAAAAGAAGAAGUCCAAGCACGGCCACGAGUCUCCGGAGACAUCGCAUGCCGAAGUGAACGCCACUGCUUCUUAGAUUCCUAAUCACUUCAUGUCUUAGUCUUGCUCUUCCUAGCCCGCCUGUACUUUCAUGUCCGAACAUACACAGUACUUGUUUGUUUUGAUUGCACGUCUUUUGGGUUCACCUUUCUUUACAGCGACGUCCUAGCCUUCUUGCUGAAAGGGGUCGAUAUUCUCAUGCAGUUCGAGUCAUAGAUUGCCCGUUUAUUAUAUACCUGAGCUUCCGAGAGCCCAUAUAAUCGAUUGCAGAGAUGGCCCUUCAUUCUGACGUCCACGUGGGAUAAACCUACUAGAAUUUUCAAAUAAAUGAUAAUACCUUGGAAUU